ACUUCCCCUGGCCCUCACGCUGUGCUCCUGGUAGUCAGGCUGGGCCCGUACACAAAGGAAGAACAAAAGGCAGUGGAGAAGAUGCUGUCAAUGUUUGGAUCCAAAGCUAGGAGAUACAUGAUUCUCUUAUUCACCCGGAAAGAUGACUUGGAUGGCAUGGAGUUCCAUGAUUACUUAAAGGAAGCUCCAAAAGGCAUUCAAGAUCUGAUGGAGCAGUUCAGGGGUCGUCACUGUGAGUUCAACAAUAAGGCGACAGGGGCUGAGCAGGAGGCUCAAAGGGCACAGCUGUUGGAACUGGUCCAGCACAUGGUGAAGCAAAACAAGGGAGGAUGCUACACUAAUAAGAUGUACCAAAAGGUGGAGGUGGAGAUUCAGAAACAGAUUCAAGUGAAACAAGAAAAAUACAGAAGUGAGCUGGAGAGAGAGAAAAGGCAGUUAAGAGAGGAAUAUGAAGAAAAAUAUAGAAAGCUAGAGUCUAAACUGGAGCAAGAAAAGAGAAAGGCAGAAAUGGAGAGGGAAUGGGCAGAAAGGGAGAUUUUCCAUCGAAAAAGGCUGGAAGGAGCCAGAGAUGAAGUUGAGAGUGAGCAAGACAUAGUUAACACAAUCUUGAGCAUAUUGAAGAUCUUUUUGUCUGUUUUAUCAUUUCUAUUCAAGGAAGAUUAAGCUUUUUGAAAAUCUAUUUCCCGCAUAUUUUCAAGUGUUCCUUCACCAUGUAACUGAUUCAUCAAAGUCAGAGUUCUCUGUUUUUGUUUCUCAAAUUCUCAGGACUGGGGUGUUUAGUAAAGUUUCUUAUUGCAAUUGGUAGAUAUCUGUUUGAUUUAUUUAACAGGGAUGAGACAAAAUUCCAAAGUAGAAAGUAUAGAUGCUCCCUAUCUUUUGAACUCUUUCUUAGAGACAGAGAAAGGGAAUACAGGAGACCAAAAGACAAUGAUUCUGUAGAGUAUUUCUAGAUUGGCACAUAAUCUCCAACGGUGGAUUCUACUCCACAUUUUUGUUUUAGGGAUGACAAUGAUCUUUUUACCCAUGUGGUUAAAGAAAUCAAUUAUUUGCAUUAGGUAAUGGAUAGCUAGAAAUGCUUAUAGAAUUCUUUCUAAAUGAACAUAAAUUCGUUGAAUUACAUUCUUUAGAAGGACUGAAAUAGUUCUUUAUCAUCUGCCCACUCAAGAAAAAAGAGUUGUCUGAAAAACAGAUUUCUCAGAACUCAACUAAGUGAAAUGCCAGAAAGAGUAAAAGACAGAGAUUCAACAGCUAAGAGAACAAUGUUCAGUGUAUUCAGAUGUUUCUGUAGAAAGUCUUUGAGCAACCUCAAGGUAACCACUUUUCUGAAUAACUAGUUCUCUCCUUUUCUUGUGAAAUUAACUGUUGCCACCGCCCUCCAU